CCCAACUCGGCGACGCUGCGCAAAACACCUCGCUUUUUGUACUCUUCCGUCUUUGCCCUCGCGCUCUCGCCUCGCCCCCGUUCGCUCGGCCGGCGCGUGUACCUGCGUACAGCGAGCGGAGAAGGGAAAAGAGAGAGAGAGAGAGAGAGAGAGAGAAAAAAGAAAAGAGUCUUGCGGCUCUUGCCUUGCCUUGGGUAGAGCUCAUUCGCUGUUCGUUCAUGGAGAGCUCCUCCUCCUCCCACAAGCGGGCGCGGGAGGCGGCCGACCUCGCCGCCGCCGGCGACGGCGCGCUGCCGGAGAAGAGGCUGCGGCCCGAGGACCUGCUCGACCUGCUCGACGAUGACGCCGACGCGGCCGCCGCCGGCGACCUGGCGUCCGUCAUGCGGAGCCUCGAGGAGGAGUUAGGGAGCUUCGACGAGGCCGGGGCCCCCGACGCCGCCGCCGCGCCGCCGGCGCACCAGCCGGAGCUGGGGUUCCUGCUCGAGGCCUCGGACGACGAGCUGGGGCUGCCGCCGGCGGGCGCCUCCUCGUCGUCGGAGGAGGCCGGCGCCGCCGGGGCGCCGGACGUGGCCGCCGGGCUCGACGGCCAGAUCUGGGGGUUCGAGGACGAGAUCGACGGCGGCUUCGGCGGCUACUCGCCGGAGGCGGCCGCCGCCGCCGCCGCGGCGGCGGCGUGGGACGACGACGACUUCGACGCCGGGCUGUUCGCGUUCGGGGACGACGCCUGCGGGGCCUCGGAUCUCGCGGCCCUGCGCCACGAGACCAUGCCGGCCGUCUGAUGACGGGCCCCGGCCGGCCAGCCAGUGGAUUAGCGUUCCUUUUCUUUUUCUUGCUUUUUUUUACCUUUGGCUAACCUUAGCUGGAACUGCCCUCUUUUUUUUAACCUUGGUGUAAAGUUUUUAGAAGGGUAAAAACAGAGGCGUGGAAACCUGGGGAAGGUUCCGACCGGGGAAAAGAAUCUGAAAAUGGUUUCCCUUUUUGCCCUUGGGAAUUAUUUUCUCGCUUAUUAUAAAUGAAAAACGGAAGAAGAAAUAAGCUUAGCAUAAGCUAGCGAGUAGUAAAAAAACAGCAGUGAAGUCAAUUGAAAGAUGCCGACACGUUAGUGGCUUGGGUGGAGGGGAUCAACAUGACAUGUGGCUGCUGGAAGGACGCUGACAAACUGAUGUGACAGACUCCAAAUCUCAGAAAAGAUCUGUGAUUAAUUGUGGACGGAGAAAAUGGACGGCAAAUUAUUUCAAGAAAAUGGACGGGAAUACUUGGAACUGUCUGUCCUUCAUUCAAGUUGGAUAAUCCAUGAAUUUUAUAAUUUUUCUCUAUAGAAUA